UUAUAGCUAUAGUCCUUUUCACUGUAUCACACGCCAUGGGGGCUGGGUGAUUGUGCUGAAUUUAUGCUCCUCAUACUGUGUCGACUUUUGAUGCAGUGAGUGUGUCACGUACAGCUUUCUAUAUAUACUUCUACAUACAGUAACUAUGUGGACUAUUUAUCGGCCAUUUAAUACAUGCAUGCACAACAGGAUUUUAUACCUGAGCGCUUACACACCAGUAAACAAGAUAAGGCAAGCAGUUGGAUUAAGCAGGCCAAUUAAAGUCUUCAGAGGUGGAAACUUGUGUCCAUUGCAAUAUCAAGAAGAUAAUUAAUAUUGUGUAACACUUUGUCAUUCAGUGGAUUAUCAUUCAUGUGACACAAGUUGGAACCCUCUAUGGGCCCCAAGACCACGGCUCAGUGGUUCAAGUAGUGUGUCUUAUUCAAUGACAAACUUUUUCUGGGCUGGUAGAAAAUAAGUAAGGGGAGGAAUUCCCAUCAACUAAAACAGUCUACAUACUGAAAGUGAAACUGUGGUUUGUGUUGCAGUGUUGAUACUGAGGCUACCUGGAUAUAGUGAUUAAAUAUUAUAAUCUAGUGCCGACGAGUAUUGGGAGUAUAGUGAACUAGGGAUUGAGACUAUCAGACCAUGUGUAGUUGUAAUUCUGUUUGGAUUAUGUUGAUAUAAUGUCCUUGUAUUAAGAUAGAGAAGAUCAUUGAGUGAGGAGUAUAUAUUACACGUUGUCUCGUUGUGUGGAUUCUUGUGAGAUAAAAUGCCAGUUCGGGACAGGUUACUAGAGUUUGAAGCCAAGAGGGAUCAGUAUGAAAGGGAAAGUAUGCGAGGAAAGAAAGGGAAAAAAUCAAAGAAAGAAGAAGAAGAUGAUCUGUCUUUGCCUGGGUUUCUGGAGAAAGUGAAGGGAAUGGAAGGAAAGCUGGCCCUGCUUAAAGCAGAUGUCAGCGAACUCAAGAAAAUGCAGAACACUUUGUACUGCGCCCCCAAAGUGUUAGAAUCAGACCUCCAGAAGAUGGAGAACUUGGCUGAGCAGAUUCUGUCCAGCUCCAUCACUAUCAGAAAAGACAUAGAACUGUUGUCGUCUGCUGGCACGGACCAAAAGUCCCAGAAAAAAGGACUGAUUAUGUCAAACGCUGAACAGAGGGUCCAGAGCCUGCAGAUAGAAAGACUUUCACAUGAACUGCGAACAACCAUGAAUGACUUCCGUAGCAGCCAAGCCAGUUAUUUGGAAAGAACUAAGGCCAGGCUAAACAAACAGAGACAAAUCGUGGGGGACCCUCAAUAUGAUGUGAACACAAACUCUGUACACCUCGACAUGAACUUUCAGAACCCAUCUGCCGUUUUCAUUGAUCCAUAUUUUCAGGAAUCCCAGAAAGCCAUCUCAGAGCUUCAAGAUCUCCAGGACCGAGAGAGAGAACUGAACGACCUUGAGAGCCAAAUUCACGAGGUCAACAUGUUGUUCAAGGAGAUGCAUGGCAUGGUACAAGACCAGGGCAAAAUGGUAGACAAUAUUGAGAAACACGUAGAGCAGGCGGUUAGUGAGGUUCAGAGUGGAAAUCAGCAACUGGAGGAGGCCCAGAAGAGUCAGUGUGCCGCACGGAAGAAAAAGAUCAUCUGUUUCUCCAUCCUCAUCACCGUUAUUGUCAUUGUUGUCAUCAUCAUUGUCAUAACCAUGACUGACAAUAGUGAUUCAGGAUAAAACAUUGAUUCAGAGAUUCCUAACAUUCAUACAUCAUGGACCAUGUGCAUUGAAGAAAGUCAUAAUAAAAACACACUUAAUUUA